GUUCCUCUUCAUUCUGCUGGGUCCCCAAGCCAAAGUGAAAGCCUACCACGAGGUUGGCAGGGCCAUGGCCACACUGCUGACAGAUGAGCUUUUCCAAAGGGUUGCCCAGCAGGCUGAGCACCGAGAGGACCUCAUUACAGGGAAGAAUGAGCUGACUGUGCUUCCUCCUGGGAAAUGGGACCACAGUGCCCGAAUUCCUCCACCAAGCUGUGUGCUGUCUCUUCACAGGAGGUCUGCUGUGUACCCACCGGAUCAGCAGUCCCAUGGCAAUGGGGACAUGGCAGCAGCUGGGAACAGAGCCAGCCUGGGGCACCCAUGCUCCAGGGAGGAGCUGGAGAGGACGGGCAGGCUUUUCGGGGGGCUAAUGCGAGAUAUACGGAGGAAGGCGCAAUGGUAUGCCAGUGACUUCUCCGAUGCCCUGCACCCCCAGUGCCUCUCAGCAGUGCUGUACAUCUACCUGGCGACGGUCACCAACGCCAUCACCUUUGGGGGCAUGCUUGGGGAUGCGACCGCUAACAUGCAGGGUGUGCUGGAGAGCUUCCUGGGCACAGCCUUUGCCGGCUCCGUCUUCUGCCUCUUUUCUGGCCAGCCCCUGACCAUCUUGAGCAGCACUGGCCCUGUGCUGGUCUUCGAGCGCCUCCUCUUCUCCUUCAGCCAGAACUACAGCCUGGACUACCUGGAGUUUCGCCUCUGGAUUGGGCUCUGGGUGGCCUUUUUUGGUGUGGUCUUGGUGGCCACUGAGGCCAGCCACCUAGUGCGGUACUUCACUCGCUUCACUGAGGAAGGCUUCUGCGCCCUCAUCAGCUUGAUAUUCAUCUACGACUCCCUGAAGAAGAUGCUGAGCCUGGCAGAUGCCUUCCCCAUCAACCUGCAGUACCGGCUGGAUAAUGUCACAUCCUACAGCUGUGUCUGCAACUUAUCCAGCCCUGGUCACAGCUCCACAGGGAAUGACACGCCACUCCCUUCACCCCUGGCACCCUGGCAGCCUCCUGCUGCCCUGGCCAGGCUGAGCAGGACCCAGUGCCUGGAUCAAGGUGGGCACCUUGUGGGGACCAGCUGCCAGUACGUGCCCGAUGUCACCCUCAUCUCCUUUCUGCUCUUUGGGGGCACCUUCCUCUCCUGCUCCACUCUCAAGCGCUUCAAGAGCAGCCGCUACUUCCCUGCAGGGGUGCGGAAGCUGGUGGGCGACUUUGCCAUCAUCCUGGCUAUUCUUGGUUCCUGCAUUGUCGAUGCUGCCCUGGGCCUGGAGACCCCCAAGCUCCUUGUCCCCAGCAAGCUGAAGCCCACGAACCCAGCGCGGGGUUGGAUCAUCUUCCCCUUCGGAGCCAACCCAUGGUGGGUCUGCGUGGUGUCUGCGUUGCCUGCUGUACUUGUCACCAUCCUCAUUUUCAUGGACCAGCAAAUCACGGCCGUCAUCCUUAACCGCAGGGAAUACAAGCUGCAGAAAGGAGCAGGCUUUCACCUGGAUCUCCUCUGUGUCUCUCUCCUGAUGGUCGUCACCUCUGCCACCGGACUCCCCUGGUAUGUCUCGGCCACUGUCAUUUCCCUGGCACAUAUGGAGAGCCUGAGGAAGGAGAGCACAACCUCGUCCCCUGGCGAGCACCCCGAGUUCCUGGGCAUCAGGGAGCAAAGGCUGACAGGGCUGGCCAUCUUCGUCCUCACGGGGCUCUCCAUCUUCAUGGCACCUGUUCUCAAGCACAUCCCGAUGCCAGUGCUGUAUGGGGUCUUUCUGCACAUGGGGGUGGUGGCACUGAACAGCAUCCAGCUCACAGACCGUGUGCGGCUGCUCCUGAUGCCUGCCAAGCACCAGCCAGACCUCACCUACCUCCGCCAUGUGCCCCUGCGCUGGGUGCACCUUUUCACUGUCAUCCAGCUGCUGUGUCUGGCUCUGCUCUGGGUCCUCAAGUCCACCAUGGCUGCUAUUAUUUUCCCAAUGAUGCUGCUGGCACUGGUAGGGAUCCGAAAGGGUCUGGAGCACAUCUUCUCCUUGCACGACCUGAGCUGGUUUGAGCUGAUGCAUCGCCAAGGACCAGAGAUCAACAUCUCCGUGAAUUAG